AUCCAGCUGCAAGGACCCUGCAGUCUGCAUGGGGACAGAUCAGCAGAGGACACAGUCUGACUGACUGGCUGAGCAGCAGGCCCGGAGGGAGUCUGCAUGCUGAAGGCUGAUAAGCUGUUUGUCUUUCAUUUUUUUUAUCUGAAAGAACUGGAAUUUUCUGGCUUCUCUGAGGGGAAUCCACCAAAGUACUGAAGCAACUUUGUUGUCAGAUUUAAAGUUUUUUUUUAGGCCAUCGUGGACGGUUCAGAUUAUCACGUAACCUAAAGAACAUGGGAAACUGCCCCACCAGGUGUCAAUCCAACCUGGCCAUCCUUGAAAACUCAUCUGACUCUGCGACACCAGCAGACCAGCAGGAAGACGUGAUCGUUUCCCUCUGUGACUACCCAUCAUUCACCCUCACGGAGCAGACCAUGAGCAUCGGGGAAAAACUGACCAUCAUAUCAGACGAUGGGGAUUUCAUCAUGGUGAGAUCUAUAAGCACCGGCCGCGAGAGCUACAUUCCCACAAACUACACGGCCAAGGUGACACACAGGUGGCUGUUCAAAGGCAUCAGCAGGUGCAAAGCGGAGGAGCUGCUCAUGCAUCCAAACAACCACAACGGCGCCUUCCUGAUCAGAGAGUCAGAAACGAGCAGAGGUGGUUUCUCCUUGUCCAUCCUGAGACGAGGCAACUCUUCCUCCCUGGACUGUGUGAAGCACUACCGCAUCUCUCAGCUCCCCAACGGCUGGGUCCACAUAUCUCCCCGGCUCACCUUCCCCUCCCUGCACCACCUGAUUCAACACUACCUGGAGACAAGAGACGGGCUGUGCUGUCAGCUUACGGCGCCUUGCUUCAUCAAGGGUUUGGACAACAUGAUGGAGGCCAGGCCCGUCCCCACAGCGAUCCGCAGGCCCACCAUCAACUGGAAGGACGUCACCAGGUCUGUGCUCCUGAGGAGGAAAAGACCGGAGUCGGACAACCCUCUGGUGAGCGAGGGGCUGAGGGAGGCCAUCAGCUCCUACCUCCAGAUGACCGAGGGAGACGACAGCAGCUGGGACACCUGAGGACAGACCUUCAGACUGGGACUGAGAAAAAUGACAAAGUCAGCCAGAUGAAGUGGAGACAGCUUCUGUCCUGCUCUGGCUGCGGCACGAGCAAACUGCGAGAAAAGGCCGUCCGCAAGCCGCCCUGGACUGUCCUGGAACAGCAGGACGGCCGAGACACUACACUGCACUGAUGAAGCACGAUGUGUGACAGCAUGGACAACUGCUGGCCUCCGUCCCCGCACUCUGUGGCCUCAGAGACAAUAAUGUUCACAUUGCUGGUGUCAUUGGUGAUGUUAGGAUGAUGCUCCUUUCAGAUUAUUGCAAUUUACUGUAUUAUCGUUUUGUUUAUGUUUUUUAAAGAUUAAAACAAAU